UGUCACCGUAUUCAUCUGAAAUUCAUUUUCAAUAUAUCUAUAUACGUAAAUAUUUAUCUAUAUAUAUAUAUAUAUAUACUACCACGCAUUAUAAUGUACAGUAAGCACCCUUUCUUUGAGUCUGACAUCGUUGGUUGACUCUCUUCCUCUUUGUCUCAUUCGAUUUUGAAUCGGCUGGCUUCAUAUUGGAAAAAAAAAAAUAUAACUUAAUUUCUAGAGAGAGAAAAGCAUUGACAGGAAGCAGCAAUGGCAGGGGCAGCAUUUGGUGAUCCAGAGGGUGGAAAGAGGGCUCAUCUCUAUGAGUACAAGAUUACUGGCUAUUUUGUCUUUGCUUGCUUGGUUGCUGCCAUGGGAGGGUCUCUGUUUGGGUAUGAUCUUGGUGUUUCCGGUGGAGUGACUUCCAUGGAUGAUUUCUUGAAGAAAUUCUUUCCAGACGUUUAUGAAAGGAAACAGAAACAUCUGACAGAAACAGAUUACUGUAAAUAUGACGAUCAGAUACUGACUCUCUUUACAUCCUCCCUCUACUUUGCGGCGCUGGUCUCCACAUUUGGAGCCUCGUAUGUAACCAGAAAUAAGGGCAGGAGAGCCAGUAUACUUGUAGGAGCUGUUAGUUUCUUUCUUGGAGCAGUCCUCAAUGCAGCUGCAGAGAAUGUCGCCAUGCUAAUCGUGGGUAGAAUAUUUCUUGGUUUUGGCAUUGGAUUCGGCAACCAAGCAGUUCCUUUGUACCUUUCGGAAAUGGCACCUGCAAAAGUCCGAGGAGCUGUUAACCAACUGUUUCAACUCACAACUUGCAUAGGGAUCCUCGUAGCCAACUUCAUAAAUUAUGGAACUGACAAGAUCCAUCCAUGGGGAUGGAGAUUGUCCCUUGGUUUAGCCACAGUCCCAGCAACUCUCAUGUUUGUUGGGGGAUUGUUCCUACCAGAGACCCCAAACAGUCUCGUCGAACAAGGCAAAUUAGAAGAAGCAAGGAAAGUGUUGGAGAGAGUUAGAGGUACCAACAAUGUGGAGGCCGAAUAUCAGGAUCUUGUUGACGCAAGCAGGGCAGCACAAGCCAUAAAACACCCAUUCAGAAACCUCUUUGCGCGCAAGAACCGUCCCCAAUUAGUAAUUGGAGCUUUGGGGAUCCCUGCAUUCCAACAACUCACUGGCAUGAACUCCAUUCUCUUCUAUUGCCCCGUCAUAUUUCAGAGCUUGGGGUUCGGUUCAGGAGCAAGUCUCUACUCAUCUGCCAUUACCAGUUCUGCACUCGUGUUUGCUACAUUCAUAUCUAUGGGUUUGGUUGACAAGUUCGGUAGAAGAGCUUUCUUUUUGGAAGCUGGUACCGAAAUGAUAAUCUGCAUGGCAGCAGUCGCCAUUACUCUAGCUCUGAAAUUUGGACAAGGAGAGCCGAUUCCAAAAGGAAUUGGCAUAUUCCUAGUCAUUGUUAUUUGCAUAUUCGUCGUGGCUUAUGGAAGGUCUUGGGGUCCCUUGGGUUGGUUAGUUCCAAGUGAGCUCUUUCCCUUGGAAACAAGGUCAGCUGGCCAAAGCAUAGUGGUGUGUGUGAACAUGAUAUUCACAGCCCUAGUUGCUCAGUGUUUCCUCGUGUCUCUGUGUCACCUCAAAUAUGGGAUUUUCUUGUUGUUCGGUGCCUUGAUUGUCAUCAUGAGCCUCUUCAUCUACUUCCUCCUGCCAGAGACAAAGCAAGUUCCAAUAGAGGAGAUACAUUUUCUGUGGCAAAAUCACUGGUUCUGGAAGAAGUACUGUCCACCAGAAGAGGGGAAGUCAGAGGUGCAGAUGUGAAUUCCACAGAGCACGAACAAGAACAACAUUGAUCUAUAAUCUCAUUACUAUUAUUAUUAUUUCUGUCUUGUUCUUUUAAGUUUAUAAGAAUCUGCACUGCCAAAUUCAGAUCCCAAAGAAGGGAGCCAAACUGAACCAUAUUAUUGAUGUUUUUUUCACUUUAA